AUGUCGCUGACCGCGGAGCAGCUGGGUGCGGAGCUCAAAGCGGUGAUCGCGCUGGAGCCCACGUUCGGCGCGGUGCUGGAGCCGGGCGGCGCCGCUGAGGCCGCUGCGGCGCAGGAGCGCGUGACGGAGGCGGUGCGCGCCGCGCGCGGCGCGCUAAAGGAGCGCCUGCGCCGCGACCUGCGCGCGCUGCCCUUCCCCAGCCUGUCCGCCGCGCAGGCGGCGGUGGAGCGGCGCAACGCGCGGUACCGCGCGCUGUCCACGCUGGCCUCCACCGACGCCGACCCCGAGGGCGCGGGCGACGCCACCACGCUGGCGCGGCGCCUGGGCAACGCGGAGCAGGCCGCGGGGGAGUUCGUGCAGCGCCGGCUGCAGCCGGCGGUGAGGAAGGUCUCCACGCCGCGCGGCCUGGUGGACGGCGUCAAGACGGGCGCGCGCUGGGCGCAGGGCUUCAGCGAGGAGGAGCGCGCCGCGCGCACCGCGGCGCUGACAGGACGCAUCGAGUCGCUGGAGCGCCAGCUGCAGGAGGCGAGCAAGGCGCGCGAGGCUCGGCUGCGCCGCGCGGGACCCUCGGGCCGCCUGCGCGCCGCCGCCGAGCUGCGCGCAGCGGACGAGCGCGUGGGCGUGCUGUCCUCCCGCCUGGCCAUCCUGGCGCUGCAGGCGGAGAUGGAGGCCAUCCACUGCGCACUGGAGGAUGAGGCCCUGGACAUCGUGGACGGGUAUGCCGGCGGAGGCGGUGCGGCCAGGGAGCGGGCGGCCACGCCCAACCGCCUGGGCUCCAGCGACGAGGUUGCGCUGCUCAUCGCAGGCGAGGCACUGGGUUCCCCCUUCUCGACUCCAGAGUUCAAGGUUCUGGAUGAGGAGCUCGCGCCUCUGGCUGCCGCGCUGGAGGAGGACGAGCUGGUGUACAUCGAGGCCGCUGAGCUGGCGCGGCUGGCAGAUGACAUCAUCGACCUGCGAACCUCCAUGGGGCUCGGGGACACCCAGGUGUUUGGAGGCGGCCUCUUCAACAUGGCGAGGUUGCAGUUCCAGGUCAAGGAAGGUAUCGGGAAGCUGCUCGAUGGUGUCGACUUUGGAGCACGGGGUCUGCGUCUGCUUGGGUCAGACACCGUGUCUGCCUUCAAACUGAUUGGCAGGGCCGCGGCAGGCGGGACGCUCAAGCCAAGAGAGGUGCAGGCGCUGCGGCGAACUUUCAGAGACGUGCUGACAUUCAUCCCCUUCACCAUCAUCCUCAUCCUGCCCCUGACGCCUGUCGGCCAUGUGCUCAUCUUUGGCUUCAUCCAGAGAUAUUUUCCGGGCCUCUUCCCCAGCCAGUUUACGUCGAGGCGCCAGGAGCUCAUGAGCAAGUAUGUGCAGAGGCCAUGGGGUUGCCUGCUGGAAGUGGCAGAGGAGGAGGAGGGCGAGGAGGGCCCUGCUGCCGCCGCCGUUCGGUCGCUGAAGGAGCGCCUGGAGAGGGCGGCCAAGCUGUCGUACACCGACCCGGGGGAGGCAGGCGGCGGGAACUAG